GGAGUGCCACCCAAGCCUUCCCCACUUAAGUGGGCGAGUCUUUAGUCCAGCGCGAGCGGAUGUGACAGAAGCGAAGGAAGCGGUGCAGCAACAGCAGCAACAGCUGGAGACAAGGCGUGGAUAUGGGUACCCUUAAGGGGCAGGAACAUCAGCCUGCCCAGGAGGUUGAAACUCGAGAGGAUGAAGAACAAAAUAUCAAAUUAAGUGAAAUUUUAGAGCUCUUGGUUGCAGCUGGAUACUUCAGGGCAAGAAUUAAAGGCCUGUCUCCUUUUGAUAAGGUGGUUGGUGGCAUGACUUGGUGUAUCACAACGUGCAACUUUGACAUUGAUGUUGACUUAUUAUUUCAGGAAAACUCAACAAUUGGUCAAAAAAUUGCCUUAACAGAGAAGAUUGUAUCAGUUUUACCUAGAAUGAAAUGCCCUCACCGCUUGGAGCCACAUCAAAUACAGGGAUUGGAUUUCAUUCACAUUUUUCCUGUUGUGCAGUGGCUUGUAAAACGUGCAAUAGAAACCCGGGAAGAAAUGGGAGACUACAUCCGGUCAUAUUCCAUAUCUCAGUUUCAAAAGAUACACAGUUUACCAGAGGAUGAUGAAUUCAUGCAACGAAAAGAAAAAGCUAUAAAAACUGUUAAUGAGAUCAGUGAGGUUUACAAGCCACGGAGGAAAUACCAAAGACGAGUGGGAGCAGAAAAAUUGCUAGAUGAGGAGUCCAAAGUCCAUGCUACCCUUCUGGAAUAUGGCAGUUUCACUGAGUAUUUCUUGAGGUAUGGGUUCAGCAAGCAAGGAAAAAUUGAGAAGCCUGAAGACAAGAAAGUUGUACUGCCAGCUGGAUUUGCACCAUCAGGAAAAAAUGAUGCUUAUACUGAGGAUGACCUUCAAGCUGCUGAAGAGCUUCGUAUCAAAACAUUGAUGACUGAGAUGGCUGCAAUGGGAACAGAAGAGGGCAGAUUGACCGCAGGCACCGUAGGCCAGAUAGUUGGACUUCAGUCUGAUGAGAUCAAGCAAAUUGUAUCGGAAUAUGCUGAAAAGCAAUCAGAACUUUCUUCAGAAGAGCGCCCAGAGAGACUUGGAGUUGCCCAGCAGCAUAAAAGGAAGAUGGCCUCCUUAAACAAACAGAUUUUACAGAAAACAAAACAGUUGGAUGAGUUGAAGGCUAAAUGUGCUGAUCUACAGUCAGGAUGUGUUGAGGCUAAAAAGACACUAAAUGAGGUUAAAUCGUAUAGUGAAAAAUUAGAAAAGGAAUUGGCAGCUUUGGAAGUGGUGGAAUCUCAAGCAGACACAAAUGUAUUGCAGAAGCUUCGAGCGCUGGUGGCAAUGAAUGAGAAUCUUAAAGGACAAGAACAAGAAUUUAAAGCACAUUGUAGGGAAGAAAUGGCACGCCUCCAACAAAACAUUGAAAAUUUGAAAGCGGAAGCAGCUGAAAGUGGAGAGGAAAGGGAACCUACUAAAAUUAUAGACCAACAAUACAAAACCGAAAAAGAGAAACUGCAGAAGAUCAGACUGCUUCUGGCCCGCCGUAAUAGGGAAAUAUCCAUUUUGCAACGUAAGAUUGAUGAGGUGCCCAGCAGAGCUGAGUUGACACAGUACCAGAAGAGAUUUAUUGAACUAUAUGGUCAAGUAUCAGCAACGCACAAAGAAACAAAGCAGUUUUUUACCCUCUACAACACACUGGAUGAUAAAAAGGUCUAUUUGGAAAAAGAGGUUAAUUUGCUUAAUUCUGUUCAUGAUAACUUCCAGCAAGCCAUGGCUUCCCCUAGUGCUCGAGACCAAUUUCUGAGACAAAUGGAACAGAUUGUAGAAGGAAUCAAACAGAAUCGAAUGAAGUUGGAGAGGAAAAAACAAGAAAACAAAAUGAGAAGGGACCAGUUUAAUGAUGAAUACUUGGAAUUACUAGAGAAGCAGAGACUUUACUUCAAAACAGUCAAAGAAUUUAAAGAGGAAUGCCGCAAAAAUGAAAUGCUUUUGUCAAAACUGAAGGCCGGAUGUCCCUGAAGAACUUCAGCAGAAGCUUUUUUUCCUGUGAUCAAGUUCAUUAUUCCUCGCACAUUUUUCGAUAUCAUUCAAAAAUGUAAUCUUCUCUGAUAUUAUCUUUGCACUAAUUAAGUUUGAAGCAGAGAAUAAAUGAGUAAUGUGUAAAACAAAAUCUUCUAACUUGUUUGGCCAACUUAUCAUAUUGAAAAAGGAUUUGUUUGGCCCUCUAGUAUGCAUAAGGAGCAAAACUGAACCUGGAAAUAAUCCACAGGUAAAGUAAUGAUCAAAGGAUUUGAAGCUUACCCCUCUAGGUAAUUGUUACUAUGUGUGUAUAUGUUUACUUCAUAAAGUGGCAGUCAGGUUCCUUUUUGAAUCUGUGAGUCUCAAGCAAGAACAAUUUUACUUAGCCCAAAUAGUAGCAUUCAAAUUUCAGUUGACAGGUACAAUAAAUAUCCUGAAUCUGAAAUGCCCUAUAAUAGUGUUUUUCAACCUUGACAAUU